AUGGAUACUGUGUCGACAAACUAUACCCAAGAAAUUGGUGUAGAAGUCUCAGUAAAUACCACAAGUCUACUAGAUGAGCUAGAGGAACAAGGUGUCUGGGUGCUGGCCCAGCAACAGCCGCCUGGGGCUGCUGUGUCGAGACUUAGCGAUAAAUCGGUGCUUUCUACGUCUAACGAGAAGCUGGAUUUAAGAUUUGUUACGCCUGGAGAAAGCGUUAAUUCUGCUCCCGAUGAGGUAAUGGCAGAUGAUCCGCAAGUACAAAAUGAGCAUGACAUGGCGGAUAUUAUUAUACCGCCAAAAGCUCUGUACCGAGCGUUCUGGCGCUAG